AAAACAUUCCCUGCUUUCAUAAUGUGACACCAGGAUCAACUAAGUUAAACUCUGGACAGCCUUUCUGUUCCCGGCGUGGGCUGAUAAAUCUUCAAGCACAAUUAAAAUUUCACCUUUUGCGGAUGACUGGCACCUGCGAGUAGAUGCAAGCGGAGGCGGAAAACGGGGCGCUGCAUCAGGCUAUUUACAGAUAAUGCUGAGCCAGAGAAAGUUCCCACAGCUGAGAUGACACGGAGAGAGCGACCCGUUCGCCCGCAAACAGCCUCUGAUUAAUGCAAGCCGCCACUAAAAAAUGGAAGCGAUGGAAAUAAUGGAUCCGGAGAGCCAGAUGAUGGUCCUUCAGGACACGCUGACGGAGGAGCAGCUGAACGACGAGGUGGAGGACCUGAGCAACAGUUUGAGAGAGGUGGUCCAGGAUGGUGCGGUCAAGCCCAAGCUUCACUGCCUGAUGAUGGACCCGUCCUUCUCCAUGGUGACAGUCCAAAGCGAGGACAGCGGGAUCGUUUGGGAGACUGCUUCUAGCCGCUGCUCCACACCCUGGGCCUCGGAGAUCAGUGAACCCGGAUUCAGCUGCUGUGGCUCCAGAGCGGCCGGCAGGAUCCUCUUCAUCAUGGACGAAGAGCUGAUGAGCAAAAGGAAGAGGAGGACAAAGUCUGAGAAACUAAAGACCCUUCCUCCGGUCAGCCUCGAGGUCCUCGCUGAAGCAGAUAGACCAGCCAUGGUGGAAGUGUCCCUCCCGAAUCUGACACAAGAAGAAGGAACCAAGGAGCACAAGACAUCUGAUCUGAGAGAAGAGAAACACCAGCGUUUGUUCAGCCUCGUCUCCGAAGGAUCCGAGAUACUAAACAUCAUCGCUCCGCCGAAGUUCUCCACCGUGGAUGAAGAAGAGAGCAAAGGUCUGGAAGAUAACUUGUAUUACCUCGAGGAGACGCCUGCUGUGAAACCCACAGAGAUCCGGGACGAACCAGAGCCAGACUCAGAAACUGUAGAGAAAGUUUUAUUGAAGCCAGAACCUGUGGUCCAGAUCCCCUUGCCUCCUCUUCAAGUCUCCCGAAGAGGACAGAUGAGCGAGGACUACUUUGAGAAGUUCACUCUCCUUGACCAUCGAACACCAUCAGGAGCAGCACCGGCAGAAGAAACCCAACAAGAAACAGAGGACAAGGUCACAGAAGAAGAAGGAGUUAAAGCAGUUCCUCAUGAAGCAGAAACAAGGCUCUCUGAGGUCUGCUCAGCUGUGAGUAUGCUUGACAUCUCUGGAGAACACUUGGACGAUGUGUUUUACGGUGGAGGAAGCGAGCCACCGUCUUCUGCAAGCGCUGGAGAAAAGCAAAGAGAGCUCUCCAAGUCCUCUCUGAAAGAAAGUGGAAGUGCCUUGUUUGGAAGCGAGGAGCCGGUUCUCACUCCCAUAUACCUUCCCGAAGGUCCUCCGAAGAUCAUCGACCCCAAUUUGCUCGAGGAGCCCAAAGCCUUGGCCUUUCUCUACUCAGAUUUAUACGCAGAGGCUGUCGGAACCAGGAAGAAACAGGAAGAUGAUGUUGAGAGCGUGACAUCUGAAAAAUCCUUCCACAGUCAAGAGUCCGAAUCAGAGGACAGAGGCUAUCUGGAGAAGUUUGUGCUCAAGGUGGAGACUCUGGCUGGCGUCGUUCCUGAGAUACGCCCCGAAGAACGGCAUGACCCGUUCAACCUCGCCGGAUAUGAGAUACACCACAAAGAAGAAGUGAACGAUCCGGCCGAAGAGCUCGAAGAGAUCACGGAUUUCUUCAGGAACAGCGCUUCUUCAUCGCCCUGUGAACCAGUUGACUUCCAGCCGCUGGAGAACGAGGAGAAGAUAGACGUUGUGAGGACGCCUCGAGUUACUUUUAAAAAUGAAGAUUUAACGAAUAAGUCUGAACCAGUGAGCGAUCAUCCAUCGCUGGCUGAUGACUUUUCAGAAGAGUUUUUACCAGUUGAAAUAAGCGAGGAUUGUCCGGCGUGGGAGGAAAACCUGCCAACGGUCAUCAGAGGUGCGGUAAAAUCAACAGAUUCUGACCUAAAGAAAAAACCAAAGUCAGUAAUUUGUCCAGCACCGAGCCAAGAUCCAACAAACACAAUCCGACCCAUAAUUCCACCCCACAAACCCUUCCUGGAUCUUACCCCGCUGCUGCCGGUCCAGAUAGAGGACGAGACAGAAACACCAGAUGCUGACGAGAAGACGAGCUCUGCAGUGAUCAGCGGUCAGGACUCUACAAGAGAGAACCCCACAGAUAUGCUGCAGGACGCUACUGAAGCUCCAACGGACCACGAGUGACCUCUGCAACGACCUUCAUCGAGACAGGAAACCAGAUGAGCGGCAUCCAGACUCUUGAUGUCUGUCGUGAGCAGCGUCAGGGGAACUCUUGUAAUUACAUUACUUUUUCAAGUAACUAGUAAAUGCAUUACUUUUUAAUUUAAAAGGAAAUAUCAGAGUUACUUUUUCAAAUAAGUAUCUCCACUUCCUUUUUCUUGUGUAUUGACUGACAGCUCUGGGGUUGCCACGUUGAGAGAAAUCAGGAGUAAGUGCACAGCGUUGUGUGUGAACAUGAUCUUACUGUAGUUCUAGACUAAACAUGUUUACUCAAAAACACAAUCAGUGUUCCUCAGAAUCAAUCAAAAUAGCUAAAUAUUAUUAUACAAACCUGCAAUAAUAAAAUGUGUUAAAUAAGACAAAUACCAUUUAUGUAUUUAAUCAGAUUUUGUCUCUGCUACUGAACUGUGAGGAUCCAAUUCAAUUAUACUAAUAAGCAAAAAUGAUACAUUUGUAUUUGAUUAUAAUUAUUGUUGGGUAGUGUUGAACUUUCUUUUCCUGCAUCAGACACUUUGUGUGAUCAGUUUGAUCUAUGUAUUUACUUUUGGUGCAAAAGGGCUAUAAAUAAAUAUAUAUAUAAACAUCUGAAUAAGCCCUGGACAGAUUUUAAAAAAGUAACUCAAAAGUAACUUAAAUUACUUUACACAAAAAGUAACUAAGCAACGUAAUUAGUGAAAAUUAGUGAAAACAGGUAAAAGAUUAAAAAAGUUAUAAUAUAUAAAAACCUGAUCAUGAAUGAUGUACAUAUGCUUAAACGUGUGGUGCUGCUCAGGCUUCAGCAUAUGUACAUGUGCAGAUUUGUCCAUGUACGUUAUCUGAAAAUAAAGUCAUAAAAUGUACACAACGAAUAAAGUAUUAAUCAUUUAC